AUGCACCAUUACUUAAGGAUUAAGGUUCAAAAUUCAAGUUUGUUGAAGUAUCCUUCAUCCUCCAACUUUGUUCACAAGGCCUUCAAAGGUGCAAUUCAAGAAAAAGGAUAUGAAAAAUCAAAAGGGAAAAAUGCGGAGGAGGUCAAUACUUCAAGAGCAUUUCUUGAUGGCUUUGGCAAAACUCUUAUGGAAUUCCUACCAUGCUCAGAGCUAUAUGAACACUUCCCCUAUAUUGUUGGCUCUGUAUCAUGCGCCAACGCUUUUCAUUUGGAUUCUAGGUUUAAGUCUUGGAUUUUGAAUCGUGGAUUUGGGAGUUUUGGUGUUAAACAUGAGAAAACGAAUUUGAGAAAGGAGAAGAGGAGAUCGAGGACGUGGUGGUGGUAUCGUGAGUUUUCGGGCCGCCACCUCCGGGGAGCACUCACCGGCGCGACGGCGAUUUCCGUCUCAGAGUUCAGCGAGAGAAAAGAAGGGUUGAGUAUGAAGGAAGUUGAAGGGGCACAACUGUUUAAACGCUGCGUUGCACCCAUUUUUUCCUCACUAGUAUCUCUUUAA